AGUACUCUAAUUCAAAGUCUGUCCGAUCCAGAAAUGGUUUUUGGAGUAUUUCGAGCUUCAAGAAAUAAUCCACAUGAAGAGUCAUCAGGCGGAAUUCUGGACAUACAACUGAAAUGUUUUCUAUACGGAGCGAUCCUGCCAAACGAAAAUAUAAGAUCCUCCCCAUGGAAACUACGAAUGUUUAACUUGUACUCAGUAUGCAGUCUUCUAAUGUAUGUACCAUCAGUCAGUGCCCAGUGUUAUGCUUUGUAUUUGGAAUCUGAAAAUAUAACAGAACUUACAGACACAUUUUUCACAAUUAUAGCAGCACUUCUUCAUUGUUCCAUCUCAAGUUACUUACUGACUCAGAGAAAGGCUUUGGAGCACCUGGUCCUAAAAACCAACGAGGCCUUUGCGGAAUUCACAAGCAAACUUCCUUUAGAAACGAAACACACACUCAUCAUGAGUGACGCUAAAAAGAAGAUUAGACAAUACACAUUGAUAUUUAUAAUCUCAAUUGUUAUAACAGGAUUUCUCUGGUUGGCAAUUCCAAAUAUUUUUUGGCACAUACAUAAUGCGAAGGAAAAAGACGGCGAAGAUAAAAUACAUUGGGAGCAUUUAAGUUACAGAAUGUGGCUACCACCAGGCGCCUUGGAACAUCCAACUUACCAUUUCAUUUAUACGUAUCAAGUGGUUUUAAUAAUAAAUUUACUUACUGAUAAUAUAGGAUACAACUCGAUGUAUUACGCACUUACUAUUUACACGGCAGCUCAUUUUAAAGUACUCGCCACACUGUUGGAAGAUAUUGAUCAGUACAUAACGUCAUCGGACAACACAAAGAGUUCCGAACAAAAUGGAAUCCGGAGUUUUCUUGAUGGCGGGACGGGCUUCGCGACGGACAUGCUUUCAAAGCUUUCUGGUCAAGAUGAAACGGAUAGCAACAGGAAGAAAAAUUCGCAACUGGAAGAAUAUCACUCCUUGGAUCCUCGGCAUAUAACGAGUAUCCCAAUAGCUGAAGACUACUUAGUUAACUGCGUGAAAUAUCACCAAGCCCUUCUUCAAUACGUCGAAGACGUGGACGCUAUCUUCGGUACACUGCUCUUCAUAUUCUUUUCUUUGAAUGGCGUUAUGAUGUGCCUUGCAGUCGUUCUUUCAACUCUGGGCAAAGGAUCUACUGGCUCCAUAAAAUUUAUGAGUGGCGUGAUUACAGUUUGGAUUCCUACGUUUCUAAUAUGCUGGUUUGGUGAACAUCUUACAGACGAGAGCGAAGAGGUGGAACGAGUGGUGUAUGGAUGCAAAUGGUUCGACGCCUCUACACGCUUCAAGAAG